AUGACAGAUGAACCUUUGACUAAAAUUCGAAAAUUGGAAAAUAUCAAGUAAGCUUACCAUUUCAAGUUAAUCCGCGACUUUAGAUAAAAUAUAACUGAAAACCGCGUUGUUUUUCAACAAAAAGUGCAAUUUUUGAUUGUUUUUCAGCAUCAUUCCUAUUUUAUCGCCCACUUUCACAAAUCUAUCAAUAGAAACUACAAAAUUCGUUGCGCUGAAACUCGAAGACAAAAGAUCUAUCGGUAAAGUGUGUCACAUUAUUGCUUUUCAAUUUCUAAACAGAGUAAACAUUUUCAGAUCAUUAAAAAUCUCAAAGAGCUCCCAGAAAAUUUGCGACAUUUGAAAAGAGUUGGAAAAAAUGGACAAAUUUUGAUCGCCGAAACGAUAGAAGAAGCAGAAUUUGCAGUGGAUGAAGAAUUUCGAAAUAGUUUAGAGGUGGGCGAAAUAUCAAAACAUUUUUGUUACAAAAAUUUCGUACCAGGCUGUACAUUUGAGAAAGAAAAACAUUUUCGAUAUGAAUCACGAGAUUUUAUAAAUGUGAUGUAAUUCAAUACAAUAACCAUAAAAAUAAUAUGGUAAUAAAAAAUAAUUCGAUUUUUGUAGAAAGUCGUCGUCCCUUCAACAAAACCAAUAACUCGUGCUCAAUUCGAAAUUGCAAAACAUAUUUGGCCGACAAGUUUCCAUCCGGAUAAAUAUCUCGAUUCUCUAAUUGACGGAACUUUCAAAACUCCCGAACUCAUUGAAUACGUUUCAAAAUGGAGUCACGAAGCUGAAAAUCGUCAAUGUAUUUCUUUACAAAAUCAAGAAUAUUUAUGUGAAGGAACAAGUCAAUCAGGCCCACUUCGACAUCCAGUCAUGGAAAUGGUUGGAAGAAUGCCAAAACGAGAAGAAUCUAGUGAAAAUUAUUUGGGAACUGGUUGCGAUGUUUUUCUACGUGAUGAACCUUGUGCAAUGUGCGCAAUGGCUUUGGUUCAUUUUCGAAUCAAACGAGUUUUCUUCAAUCACAAUUCGAGUAAUGGAGUUCUAGAAAGUUCUUCUUGGCAACUUCAUCUCGAACCAUCAAUAAAUCAUCACUACGAGGUAUACAAAAUUGAAAAAUGA